CUCGAUCGCCGCUUAGUCGCUCAGUGGACAAGCGCAAUGUCCAUCGACGCGCGUUUUAUUUUCUAUCCUUCGCUCUGCUUCGCUCCGAACCAUUAAAAUUCAAAUCUUUCGUCAAUUUAAUUGUGUUUGUAUUUAAUUCAAUUCAGCAAAAUUGCUUUCAUAGCAAAAUUCCUAUUAAAAAAUAAUUUCUUGUCUCGAUGAGAUAUUAAAAAGAAACCUCGUUUUUAAUAUCACACGCGAAGUUGUAGAUGAAAUAAAUUUAUAUAAUACAUGCAUAGAUACGAAUUAUCGAUCAAACGUAUUCUUGUUGUGAGGUUGUACUGUCAAUAAAUGAUAAUCGUUAUUGGAUAUCUGACGCAAAAAGAAGAUUUUGAAUUUGUCUGAAAAAAAAUGGCAGAUCAGAUGGAAUACAUAGUACCGCCAUGGGAAAUCGAAGUUUACGUGCAGAGCUUGAACGUUUCGGAUCUCGAAAACGUCGGUACAAAGAGUUGGUUAGAUUUCCACAAGAGAUUGACGUUGCUAAACCAGCAGAGCGUGCUCGAGAUAACGGGGCUGCGCGAGGAGAGCGUUAUGGAAUGGUUUAUCUCGUUGAAGAAAAUUCCUAUUCUUGUGUAUGAAGCUAUACAAAUCGACAUAUGGAAGCACAAAGUGUUCCCACUUUUGAUCGAUCUUAAUGGCGAGCCGACAAACACAUUCAUGUUGUACAGCGUAUUCUAUCACGAAGUCAUUGCGAUUUCGCUAUUGGAAAAUAUAUUAUUUCAUAGUGACAGCGCGCAAACGUUGGAUGAUACGGUGAUUGAUCUCAUCGAUUAUACCGUUCAACGUGUAACGACGCUUCUUGAUGGGAAAACGUCAGAAAUAUAUGAAAAAUCCGAAAUUAGAGAUACUAAUUCUUGCUUGGAAGAAAUAGUGGAGAAACAAAGGGCAUUCGAAUUUGAUAUCGGAAUGCGAUGUAUCUCAAUUCUUCACUAUCUAAUAGAAAUUUUGGAUAGCUUGCCCCUUUGUGCAGUUUCGCGUAUGCUGGCUAUAUAUGACAUUCCAUAUUUAUUCGCACAACUGAUAGAAAAUCAACCGUGGAAAAAGCAAAACGAGGAUGGCGAGAUGCUAAUGUACGAGACCAGUUGGAGGAAAAUAAAAACGAGUGAAACUGGAAAAAUUAAUAAAAGAGAGGGACAAGUAUGGUUUGGUUUGCGAGAAUUACUUCUCAAUCCAAAAUGUUCUCCGUACUACGAAAUUACAGAGCAUAGACUGUCCCAGCUAUCAAAGUUACAGAGACAUUUACAUGAAGAUGUACUCGAUCAAAUUGCUCCUUUGAUAGAACUUAAGCGAUGGCUAUCUUAUUUAAAUAUAUCGCCAGCAAUGUCAUCCUCAAAGUCCUGUCCGGUUCAUAUCGAAGUUAUACCGCAGAUAAAAUCAAGUAUUUUGGAAAAAUAUCAUAAAAAGUGGAAAAAACUAGCUAGACAUCAGGCCAAGUUCCUAUUUACAACAGAUGCGAGUUAUAUUAAGGAUGCUGCACAAAUUUUAAGUGAUGUGUAUGAUUUGGAUAAGUUAGAUCGUAUAGAAGCGAAAAAGUGUUUGGUAUGUCAAGAAGCAUCUAAGAAACGAUGUUCCAAAUGCAAAGAGGCUUGGUAUUGCAGCAGAGAGUGUCAAGUGAAAGAUUGGGAAAAUCAUAAAAACAUUUGCAAUAUAAUUAGUACUAAAAACAGCACUGAUAAUACAGAUGCUUAAUUAUUAAGAAUAUGUAGUCAUCAAUCUAAUAUUUAUUUUUUGACAUCUUCUGUCUUAUUGAAUUGUAAUUUAAUAUUAUACAUGGAGAAGAAGAUUGCUAUGUUUUCUUUAAUGAAAACAUCUUUACAAUUCUUGUGCAUUUCAAAGUUCAUUGAAGAAAGAGUUGCAAUUUUUAUAUCCAUAUAUAUCUUAACAAAAAUUUUUAAGAAAAAAUCCAGGAAUAAAUAUAUUUGUUUAUUUUAUGUCAAAUAUUUUAUUAAAAGAUGUUAAUGUACAGUGCUUUGUUUAAGAUAUUCCAUUAGAACAUCCUUAGCAGGUGUAUCUUCACCGAAAUCCUAAAAAUAAUGAAUGUUUGUUCAAUAAUGGAAUAACAAUAAUAGAAAAAAGGAAACGAUAACAUGAUCAUGUCAGCAAGGCAUAAUUACAGCAUGGUUUGUUUAUUAUACGGGUUCUACUCAGUAGAGGGAGCCUUAAUUAUCAUCAUAUCAUUCUAUGUUUUAUAAUAUCUCUUUUAUAUAUAUAUAUAUAUAUAUAUAUAUAUAUAUAUAUAUUUCACACUUUGUUAAGUUUCAUGAUUAUCACUGAUUUUCCAUUAGAAGGGAAAGCAAAAAAUUUUAGAAUUUUAAUAUAGCUUACCUUUACAACGACACAGGAGCAGCCAACCACUUUGCGCGCUUUGCCUGCGCUGUCAAUUUUACAUAAGCCAGCCCAUUCACCUAAC